AUGACUAACAAAGACAAUGAAACUUCGACAGAUACGGUGACAUCUGAAUCAAAAACCAUAGCAUUACAUGAAAAUAAUUCAACAAUGUUGUCUACCGUCCCUUUAAGUAAUUCCACUGGUGAAGAACAAUCUAAACAAAAUACUAAUAAUGAUCAAAAUAAUAUUUUAUUUGAAAAAGAUUCUCAGGAUAAUCAAUUAAUAGAAGUUCAAAAAGAAGAACAACAAUUAGACGAACAACAACAAGAAACAGAAGGUGAAGAUGAUGAAUUUAUUCGAAUAACUGCGGCUCAUCAAAUGUUAACUGAAGCGCAAACAUAUGACGAACAAAAAAAAUAUCCCGCUGCAUUACAUCUUUAUCGUAUAUGUGUUGAUCUUCUUCUUGAAGAAUUAAUGUUUACUGAAGGUACAGAACAAUCACGUGUUUAUUUACGUGAAAAAUGUACAGCUAUUAUGGAUCGUAUUGAUUUACUUAAAACAAUGCUUGAUCCAAUCCCACCAGCAUCAUCACCACCGCCAUUGUCACCACCACCACAGCUUACAGAAACAGAAACAGAAACAACAACGACAACAACAAAUGAAGAAGCAACUAACCCACCUACCGAGGAAUUAAGCUCACUUAAUUUAUCCUAG